AAAAUCUCGAUAUUCGAUUUCAACUGCGUCAUGAUCAUUUUUGUACUACUAUUAGCUUUGAAAGCAGAAUGUUCCUUAGCUCAAACAAUGUGUCCUGGCAAUACCAUACCAUUUGACUAUCAAGUGUGUGCCCCGGAGUCUCGUUCUGAGUGCCCUGCGGGAUUUACUUGCAGGAGUGUAAAUAAUAACAUCACUGGAUCUGCCGUUUAUUUGUGUUGUGAAAGUGGUCAAAUGACUGUUGGAGAUUGGUUUUCCGAAAAAAGCUUUGUCCCAAGUAUUCUUUCACAGGCCCCAUAUACACUGCUCAGAACUGUUAACCUUACUCCGGCCAGCUCGUUGCUAAACUUCCCACCGAUUCACGUUGGAGAUGAAGUAGUUGUGUUGAGCUUUCCUAGUUUUCUAACUGGAACAAUUGAAUCGAUUUCACUUUCAGCUCAAGCAAAUCCUGGUUAUUUACACAUUGUUACAGUCAUUGAUCCUCUUUUCAAACCCUUUGCUGUUUUGUUAAACUAUAACGUUAUCAUCGGCCAGCCAAGUCAAACGGUCAAUUUAACGUCAUCAAGUUUUGUAGCUUACUUGGACAAUAGCACUUCAAUGCCGAAACAAAACUCAUACCGAUCCGAGUACCUGGUUCUUGUAUACUACUCCGCUUCACAAAUUAUUCUGAAUGGGUCUACUCCAAAAGAUAAGAUUUUGGGUUCAUCUUGUUCUGACACCAAAUGCCUAUUCACCAAUUCGGCACUUUCAUCAAAACUCAGUCAACCAAUGGCAGGAACAGUUUUUUAUAUUACUACAAAAAACACCGUAUUCACAACUUCAGAGGAUGUCGCUCAUAGCUCGGCUACCUCCCAUUUAUUGAUUACUUCCUUCAUUUUCAUUGUUUCCGCCAAUUUGUUAUAAAAAGUAAAUGUCUGAAUGUCGGCAAAAAAUGAAUCCUUGUUUCAAUUAUUUGUUCAGCUAUUCUUUUGCAAGCAUAAAUGA